CAAAAAAUAAAAUAAAAUAAAUUAAAAAGAUAAUCAACAUUGCGCGCAUGCUUCACACCGAAUAUGGAAAAUCAAUUUCUACGAAUCUUGGGUUUUCUUUUUCCGAUUAACCAUCAUGGAUUCUCAUACAGGUGAUAUUUCGCUAGAAUUCCAAAUGGGUAUUGAUAAUUUUCCCAUUAGGUAGGGUUUUGCUUUCUGAGUAAUCUAGAUUUUGGAGUUUGGGUUUGGGGGAUACAUAGACAUGGGUUCAAAAGAUGAGAAUAGUAAAGCAUGGAAAUGGGGUUUGGGUUUGGUAUACAUAUUUGCCGUGGCAACAAUUUGGAUAGCUGCUAGCUUUGUAGUGCAGUCUGUUGUAGAAGCUGGUGUGUCACCAUUCCUUGUUACUUACAUCUGCAAUUCUUUAUUUGUGGUGUUGAUUCCAAUUGUUGAGAUUGGGAGGUAUUUGGAGGAUUCUUAUGGGAGUUUAUGGUUUUGGAGGAGUGAGAAGAGUAAUCCACAUUCGAAAGGAAGGGUAGGCGAGUCAGAGAAGGCCAUCCUUCUCAAAGAUAAUGAUGCUGGGAAUGAAGCUAGUGAAUCCUUGGUUCUUGAAGAGGUUGAUGUUAUUCAAGAAAGGAACAAUGGUUCUGAAUUGCUUCCAGCAGAUAAGGUGGUAGGGGUAUCGGCUGAUCAAGUUAAUGUGAUUGAAAAUAUCAGUAAUCACCUUGAUGAGAAAGGGCGGUGGAGUCGGUGCAGAGUGGCCAAAGUUAGUCUUUUGAUCUGCCCAUUUUGGUUUUUAGCUCAACUCACUUUUAACCUGUCAUUGAAGUAUACUACAGUCACAUCAAACACAAUCUUAAGCAGUGCAUCCAGUCUUUUUACCUUCCUGGUAUCCCUAGCAUUCUUGGGCGAGAGGUUUACUUGGUUAAAGCUUUUCAGUGUUCUUCUUUGUAUGGCAGGAACAAUAAUUGUAAGUCUAGGUGAUUCGCAAUCUGGUUUAGCAACAGUUGCAUCGAAUCCUCUUCUUGGAGACAUUUUUGCACUUGCUUCCGCAGGAUUAUAUGCAGUUUAUAUAACUCUUAUUCGCAAGAAAUUACCUGAUGAUGAUGGAAAAAGUGGUGAAGCCAGUACAGCUCAGUUUCUUGGAUUUCUUGGGCUUUUCAAUGUUUUGAUUUUUCUUCCAGUUGCCCUCAUACUGCAUUUUACCAAGAAGGAAUCUUUUAGUACACUAACCUGGAAGCAGCUUGGUCUGAUAAUUGGUAAAGGAUUGCUGGAUAAUGUGCUGAGUGAUUACUUGUGGGCCAAGGCUGUUCUUCUCACAUCUACCACAGUAGCCACAGCUGGUCUUACAAUUCAGGUCCCAUUGGCUGCCAUUGUGGAUACCUUGACUGGCAAUGCUCUGCGCUUUAUGGAUUACCUUGGAGCGAUAGCUGUCAUGAUUGGCUUCACUGGAAUCAACAUUCCUUCUGAUACUUUUAGCAAAUCCACAGAAACUACUGUGGCAUUGGAAAAUGAGAACUUGAAUACAAGGACUGAAGAGCUUACUUUGUCUAUAAGCCAAGAUUCAGUUGCCAUAUCAUAGCAUUGUACAUUACAUUCACUUCACGGUUUAGUUGACGGGUGGUCUUUUUGUAACCAUGCCAGAUUAGUUGCAAAAUCUGAAAUGUACUACUAUACCAGACAGGAAAAUAGAAAAGGUAGAACAACGGAAGAUGGUUCACUAGACGAACACAUGAGAGAUUGCGCCUGGUCAGACAUGUAAAUUGCCAUGUAGUUCAGCAAAUUAUUACUUGGUUGAGAUUUUCAUUGAUGGUUUGAGUGCCUUAGUGGACGACCCCUUAAGAAAGGGUUCUCCCAUGUACCACAUGUAAUGAUAAGUAUGGGAUUCUAUUGAUUUUGAGAUACUUUGUAAAUGUUUAGUUCUAUCUCUUAAACUUGAUUAAAAGGUUUCAAGUCAUAGUCUUUCAUUUCAUAAUAUUA